GUCAGAUAUGUUCCCCGUAGGGGGACCGAAGACUCGGGACAGACUCAUUCCUUCUUCAACACUCGACUCUGCGCAUUGUUGAGAUUCGGAGUAAGAAUCGAUAUCACCAGCUGGUAGAUACAUCACAGCAAGACCUUGAUAAUUAAUCACGAGGCUCAGUAGUUGCGGCAGCGGCGGCGGCCGCCGCUCGCCUCCUAACGGCUCCAGUAGACAUUACUCCAGUCUUUACUACUGCCAACAGAUGUCACGAUGGAGACAUUUCGAAAUCUAUUGAACCCAGAGCGUCAACUGCCGCAUAAGAGCAGCCCAGAGUAAGGAGAGAAGUGAGCUAUCCUGUUCCGUGGCGCCCAGUAGCGCUUGGGUGAAUGAGACAAGACAUUCUCUCGAGCGUCUAAGAGGUGCCGAUCAUCAUAGGGGUCCAUUCCUCUAUGGGCGUGAGCUAGGCGGACUAUUGAUGCGCGCAUCGCGAUCAUCGCGAUAUACCUACCGGAAGGGUCGAAGAGGCAAUGUAGGCAGGGCGAAGGAGAGCUCUCAUUAUAUAAGUCUGCUCAGCGGCCCCUCCCCAGAGUUCAAACCCGUCCCAUCGUCAGCAUCUUCUCGAUCCGAAACCCCAACGCUCGUUUACUCCAGCACUCUCUUACAGCACACACUCCUUCAUAAUCUCAUCAUCCUCCAGCAACCCGUGGCUAUCCCCUCUUAAUAGAUAAUCCCCGACCACUCUCAACUCGUCAAAAUGCGUGUCUCGAUCGCUGCCGCUCUCACCUUCGCUAUCGGCGCCCUCGCCGCCCCCCAACAGUUCGGCGGCCCCAUCGGCACUACUGGUGGUAUCACCCCCGGCGGUCCCAGCAGCCGUGCCGGUAGCAUCAGCCCCCACGGUGCCUUCGUCCCCGCUGAGUUCCCCGAGGCUCCCGGCGAUGUCACCGUCGGCCAGGCCGGCGAUACCUGCGGCUCUGAGCUCGACCUCAGCUGCUGCGACAAGGUCGACCAGUCAGGUGACGCCAUCAACGCGGCCAGUGGCCUCCUCGCCGGCCUGCUCGGCGGUGCCCUCGAGGGCGGCGAGCUCGGCCUCUUCGACGGCUGCUCCAAGUUGAACGUUGCUGCCCUCAUUGGUCUUACCGACCUCCUUGACAACCAGUGCAAGCAGACUCCGGCUUGCUGCCAGCACUCUGGCAUGGAUCAAGGACAAGGUCUGGUCAACGUUGGCCUUCCUUGCGUUGCUCUCGGCGGUAUCUUGUAAACUCCUCAACUCGCUCCAACACGACUCGCAUAACCGACGCAUACCAUGGGGGAAUGAGAUAUGUGGAGAUGUAAUGUUAAGGAGAGUGCCUAAUUGUCAUUAGCAUAUUUUGCCAAUCCAAUCCAACUUUUGUCGUUCGCUAUACAACCUUGUCUACCUUUCCGUUCAGACACCGUCUCGGUCUCCUCAUUUUUGAUGUUAUCAAUUACUAGUCGGUUACUCUGACGUGUGAUCGUGUUGGGGUAUUCUUGUGCCGAAUCCUCCUCGCUGUCAAGGACUGCAGGCCUAUUGUCUGAACCCAAAUCUAGAUAUCCCAUUUCCUUGUCUUCGGCUCAUGUCGCUGUUCACGUGUUAUAUUUUCAAUUUUGGUUGCCUCCAAAAGCAGCGUAACGUCUCAACCAGGUAUAUGCCCACUACCAUAUGUCAUAUGAUAACGGGCUACCCCCCUAGCGGGCUACCUAUCUCCUACUAAAAAAUACGAAAACUAACCUAUUUUAAUUAUACCGUUACUUAUUAAUUUUAAAGCUAUUUAGGAAAUAUUAUAAAUAUAGUUCGUA